GUAUUGGGAGUCCCAAUCAUCUCAAAGGCUGAGAACCGUAUUUGAGGUUUGCCUUUCCCCCAUUCCUUCGCCUUGCUUUCGCUCCAGACAGACCUAUUGCAUUGCAACACAGAAAUCCGUCAAAAACAAGGGCGGGGUUGGAGCUCGCCAAGGGGGUUGAGACGCACCCUCCACCCCACCCCAUCUCGGGGCGAGCAGCGGGACUGGCCAGGGGCGUCUCCGAGCCGCCCACCUCCUUCGUCAUCUCACCUUGCCCGAGUUCUGGACAGUGCUGGACAUCGGGACCCAUUCCUCGCCCACCAAGGCCCAUAACCAACUGAAAUCACCAGGCUGUCAACCGUGAGUGGAGACAAGAAACAUCCUUCUUGGCUCUGAGUCCUGGCGGCGCCCACCCUCCUCCACCGGCCUCCGGUGGGAGGCCUGGGAGCCCGGAAGUGGCCGAUGACCAAGGGACCAGCCGAGGGGUGCGAGCGAUCCUUCACUCCCACCUCACGUCACGGCGCUAGCCCCGCCCCCCGCGAGCAGUCACGGGCAGCCGGACUGGCUAAACUGCCAAGAGGCGCGGACCAUUAACCCGGCUGGCCACAAUGCUGCCGCUGCUGCUACCCAGGGCCGUGCUCUCAGGACUCCGUGGGGCCUGCAGGUCAAGCCCCUCCUGGCUCUGCACUCGGGCCUGCUCUACAAAUGACUCCUUUCAGCCCCAGGGUCCCAACCUCAGCAAUUCUGGUGACUGUUCCAGCACCAAGGGAUGGAGAGUCCUGGGGUCCCUUCUUGGCCUCGGGGCAGCAUUGGCCUAUCAUAGCCAUCGUUGUAGGCAGGCUGCCCAGAAAGAGUCACCACACAUCUACACUAAGGAAGAAGUCUGUUCCCAUAACAGACCCGAGACUGGGGUCUGGGUGACAUUUGGCGGUGAGGUCUUCGAUGUCACCGAAUUUGUGGAACUGCACCCAGGGGGGCCAUCAAAGCUGAUGCUUGCGGCAGGGGGUCCCCUAGAGCCAUUCUGGGCCCUCUAUGCAGCUCACAACCAGCCCCAUGUGCGGGAGCUACUGGCUCAGUACAAGAUUGGGGAGCUGGACCCCAAAGACAACACACCCUCUACCUUAGACACAUCUGACCCUUACGCCAACGAUCCUGUCCGGCAUCCAGCCCUUAAGGUCAACAGCCAGCGUCCUUUCAAUGCGGAGCCACCCCCUGAGCUGCUAACAGAAAACUAUAUCACACCCAACUCCAUCUUCUUCACCCGGAACCAUCUGCCUGUCCCUAACGUGGACCCAGACACCUACCGCCUGCAUGUCGUUGGGGCCCCGGGGAGUGACUCCCUGUCUCUGUCUCUGGAUGACUUACGUAAGUUUCCCAAACAUGAGGUCACGGUCACACUGCAGUGUGCUGGCAACCGGCGCUCUGAGAUGUCCCAGGUCAAAGAAGUUAAAGGACUGGAAUGGAGGAUAGGGGCCAUCAGUACCGCCCGCUGGGCCGGGGCUCGGCUCUGUGACGUGUUGCUCCAGGCCGGCCACCAGCGUGGUGACACUGAAACCCAUGUCUGCUUCGAAGGACUGGACUCAGACCCCAGUGGGACUGCCUAUGGAGCAUCCAUCCCCCUAGCUCGGGCCCUGGACCCUGAUGCUGAGGUCCUGCUUGCCUACGAGAUGAAUGGGCAGCCCCUGCCUCGUGACCAUGGCUUCCCUGUAAGGGUGGUGGUUCCUGGUGUGGUGGGAGCCCGCCAAGUCAAGUGGCUGGGCAGAGUGAGCGUGGAGCCACAGGAAAGUCCCAGCCACUGGCAGCGGCGCGAUUACAAGGGCUUCUCCCCAUCCGUGGACUGGGAUACAGUGGAUUUCGACUCUGCUCCAUCUAUUCAGGAACUGCCUGUCCAGUCGGCCAUCACGGAGCCCCUAGACGGGGAGACCAUUCAGUCAGGAGAGGUGACGGUCAAGGGCUAUGCCUGGAGUGGUGGCGGCAGAGCUGUGAUCCGGGUGGACGUGUCUCUGGAUGGUGGCCUCACCUGGCAGGCAGCUGAGCUGCAUGGCGAGGAGCAGUGCCCCAGGAAGGCGUGGGCCUGGCGUCUGUGGCAGCUACAGGCCCCUGUGCCAGCUGGGCAGAAGGAACUGAACAUUGUCUGCAAGGCUGUGGAUGACAGCUACAAUGUACAGCCAGACACGGUGGCGCCCAUCUGGAACCUUCGAGGUGUGCUCAGCAAUGCCUGGCACCAUGUUAGGGUCCAGGUUGCCCCUUGAGAUGGUGGAAGGCAGCCAUCUCUACCUUGGAAUCACCACAGCCCCUCGCCCCAUCUUCCCCAUA